GGUCGAUGCAUCAACUUCACAAGAGUGAAAGAUGAGGCCAAGGCUGCCCCACGCACCCCGAUCCACAAACCCUCCGCCCCUCCACCUGAUUACCACCCUGUUUCCUCCACGCCAUCUCCCACUGUGGCCAGCCCUCCUUCCAGAUCACCUCCAGUACCAGGACAGGUUCUCCCAGGACCCCCACCAGCCCGUACCCCUCCUGGACCUCCCUGUGCACCCCCAUCACGCCCUCCACCCACCCUCCGACCCUGAAUCACAAAGACAAACCUUUCCCACCCCCCAUCUAUGCACCCGCUUUGAAAUCAGAGACUUACCGCUCUGUUGGCCAGUUCUUUCAGUUCUGAAGGUUCAGGUCGUCGUCGCUGCCAAAGAUACUCCUGCUAUACGCCAAAGAUCAGCAGUACUUUCUAUCCCAGCCUUCUUUUAUGGGAGAGUGUCAAGUCCAACUGUAAUUUAGCAGUAUUCGUCAAACAUGCUACGACUUAGCGUGAACAACUUGGGAGAAGGAGAAUGUAUAAAUACCUUUGUCAUUGUUUUGUGCAAAAAUAAGGCUGGAUCCCCUUUACAAUUUAGAAAAAAAUCAGUUUGACUUAAUGUUGUGUCCAACAAAUAGGGCAAAUGUGGGGAUUCGGGGAAAUAUUUGACUUAAUGUUGGGGUUUGUUAGAUCACGGAUGAUUGUUGCUGGACAGCAAAGCAUGUAGGGACAGGAAGUCCGAAGAAGAAGAAGAAGAAGAAUGCAAUGGAUGAUGCAAUGGAUGAAAUGUCUUUGUUGUCUUUAUCAACUACUGAGGCCAUUGUUGGAAGAGAAAUCUGAGUAACGAGAGUAAACCUUGAGAUGAAUGGAUUGGCUUAUUUCUCCUUUGCUGUGACGGUGAAUCAGAGGUUUUGGGAAGUAGUUUCAUAGAAAUGUCUGUUUGAUAAUGGUGUUGAGUAACUAGGAUAAAAUCAUAUCUGCUUUUUUAAUGAAUAUGUGGACAUUGCAAAUUGAUUUCAGUGCCAAAUUGAUUCUUAAGCUUUUUGCGAUGUUGUGUUUUCCCGAAAAUGUUAAGAGAUUCCCACCUUUUGAUACAGAAAUGUUACAGUUACGGGAUUUUGUGUUCCAGUUUUUGUACCAUUCAGCCAAAGGGAAGUGUACAGAUGUUUUAUUGAAGGGAUGCUUUUACAAUAUGUGUUUGAGAUGCAUUGGAAUGUUACAUGGUUGAUAUCUUUGAGGCUUUGGAUUUGGUCCUUUUCAACUAAUUUAGAAUACAGCAGUAUAUAUUGUUGGUAUCUGCGCACAUAGACUGCUGGACAACUACAGUAUGUAUUCAUUUUUGUUAGCAUUGGAACAUCGAUAUUGAACAACCAGAAAUCAGGUCUCAUCACAUUUUUUUUACAUUAUCUGGAUACUGUACUUUGAUACCAAUAGGUGUGUUUUAUGUUUUCAGUUCAUCAUCACCGGUCACAUUGCAACUGCAGGGCAGUUCAAAGAGCAUCUAAUUUAUUUUACUCCCCAGAGAAAUAGAGGAGAGUACUUGAAUAUCGACAAGGUGUCCAACCAGCAAGACGGACACUGUGCACAGAAUUUAGAAAUGCAACAGCUAGCCAGUUAAAAGUCAUUUAAGGCUUACCAGCGUUUCACAACCCCUCAGCUACACUGAGAAAAAAUGUGAUUUCUUCAAAGUUAAUUUGUUCAUGUUUCUUUUUUAAAAGUGUGAUUCUUGGUGUGUAUUACACACUCUUAGCUCGUUGCUAGCAGGUGAAAAGGCGCCGCUAGCGUCCAUGUUAGCGCUGGCUACAUUGUUAAUUGGGUGGGGGGAAUGGCACCAAAAAAAUGAAAAAGAUUGUGAUUUGAAUGUGUAAAAGUGUGGUUGAAAAAAAAGGGGGUUGAAAACGCUGAAAACGCUGAUAUUCCUUCAAUAUCCAGUGCAUUCUGGAAGAUACUUCUUUUGUUCAUUUUUUAUACUUUUUUUUUAUGUACUUCAUUCAGUUAUGUCAUGUACCGUUGUGUUUCUACAUGCAUUCAUUAUCGCUCUAAGUGCCUUAAAAUUGAGCUCAAAGUGUCCAACCAUCCACAUGAACGUUUUAAAAUUAACUUAAUUUGACUGAUAAACCAAUACAGCUCAGGUUAGUUAGAAGUUGCUAUAAACAAAUCAAAUGGAUUGUGAUGCCUUGGAAUGUUUGUCCUUAUCCACCUGUUUUAAAUGAUUUCGAAUGUCGAAUAAAACCCAUUUAAUGGUC